GCACUUUUCCCGCUUUGUUUCCCCGCUGCUUUGUGAUGAUUCCUCUCUUGUGACACCCGCUCCCCGUCCCCCCCCCCCUCGCCUCCUCCGCCACUUCCUGAGCCGGGCCGGACCGGGCGGGGUGGCGCUGGGAGCGGGGCUCGGGGGCUCAGAGGCCGGGGGCCGAGGCGAUGCCGGGCCGGGCGGGAGGCCCCUUGGCCGCGGGGAGGAAGCAGGUGCGGUUCGCUCGGCCGCUGCAGCAGCUGCCGGAGGAGGAGGAGGAGGAGGAGGAGACGCUGUUCGAGACGGACCGGGUGCGGCGGCAGGGCCGAGACCGAGGCCGAGGCCGCGGCCUGGAGCAGGAGGCCGGGCCCGGGGUGCGGGUGCUCCGGGCCCGGGGAAAGGGACAGGGCGGCCGCUGUGUCGACACCUUCCUGCUGUGCGGGGCCUUCCUGGGGCUGGGGAUGUGCAUUGCUAUUUUGGGACCUACGUUUAAGGAGUUGGCAACCAACGUUGACAAAAAUAUCAGUGAAAUCUCCUACAUCUUUGUGGGCCGUUCACUGGGCUAUGUAGGAGGCUCACUGGUUGGUGGGAUAUUGUUUGACUGCAUGAAUCCCCAUUUGUUAAUUGGAAUUUCGAUGCUGAUGACUGCGCUAGGAAUGUAUACUAUCCCAUGGUGUACGAAGGCAGUACUGCUGACGGCAUUGAUGUCCCUCAUUGGAAUUUCAAUGGGCUUCCUAGAUACAGGUGGAAAUUUGCUUAUUUUGCUUACAUGGGGCAAGGAAGUCGCACCCUAUAUGCAGGCCCUGCACUUCAGUUUUGCUUUAGGUGCAUUUGUGGCUCCUAUCCUAGCAAAGCCACUGUUGGGCAACUUAGGAAGGACAUUCAACGAGAGUGGGAAUAGCCUCUUGACCAACACCAAAAACAGUUCUCAGAGUAAAUCAGCAAGUUUGGUGGAUAUGCUGAAAACAACUGUUUCAGGCUUUGAUCCUUUUACCUGGACGUACUUUGUUAUUGGAAGUUUUGUGCUUCUAAUUUCUGUGUUAUUCUUCAUUAUUUAUUUAAAGAGUAGUCCAAGUCGAAACAGAGCUGGUCUUUCUUCACAGGAGGCUCCAUUCACAAGGUACCACAAUGCUAUUCUCUUCCUCCUGUUCUUCUUCUUCUUCUGGUAUGUAGGAGCUGAGGUGGCCUAUGGAUCCUAUAUCUUUACCUACGCAAAAAACUUUGUUCAUUUUGAUGACAACCAGGCUGCAGGAUUAAACUCCUUGUUCUGGGGAACGUUUGCCACAGGAAGAGGAUUCGCAAUAUUCUUAGCGACGUGCCUUUACCCUGGAACUUUGAUACUGCUUAGUCUAAUAGGCUGCACCAUUUCCUCCCUGAUUCUGGCACUCUAUAACACCAAUAUCAUCUCUCUGUGGGUGGGCACUGGUCUUUAUGGAGUCUCGAUGGCAGCCACCUUUCCCAGUGGCAUAUCCUGGGUCAAACAAUACACAAACACCACCGGAAAGUCGGCCGCUCUGUUUGUUUUCGGAGCCGCACUGGGUGAGAUGGUGGUCCCAGCUUUGGUAGGAUUCCUCCAAGGCAUUAGUGCCAUUAAGCAUUAUCCAAUAUUGAUGCUGACUGCUUUGGGGACCUCUACAAUGACAGCCAUCUUGUUCCCUGUGAUGUACAAACUGGCUUCAUCUCCAAGAAGUGUCCAACUGGAGAGCGAUGACCAAAAAGCUCUGUUAGGGUCGGGGCCUAAUGAAGAUGAAGACAAUGAUGACCCUCCAGAAGAUUGGAAUGAUGCAGAUUUUGAGGUGAUUGAAAUGAGUGAUGUAAAGAAUGACACAGACAGGACUCCAGCUUCAACAAAGACCACAGACCAUUUCUCUCCAGAACACAACUCUCUCCCUUCACUUUCCUCCCCUGUAUAUCUAGGUGGCUCACCAAAAAAGAAACUACUUAACUUGGAGAGAGAAAAAAAUGACUGAAUGCUUAAAAACUAGGUAGAAAUUUGGAUAUGAUUACAAGUGUAUCAGCAGAAGACAGAGUGGAAGAAUUAAAGGUGACUCUAACUAUGUUUAAACAUUUGAUCCUUGUGUGUCUUUUUAAAACAAAAAUCUAUGAAAAUGUAUGCAGGUUGCUUGUAAUUCUGUGAUUAUCAUUAGGUUAAAUUAGCAUUGGUUUAAAUGAGAGUAAAUUUCUUGUUGAUUUUGACGUCUGAAAUAUUUGCAUGACAAUUUGUAGCUCUGGUGCUGGGAGGUAUUGCUGAAAGCUGGUUUACAGCCUUCUGUCAACCUGGGGAACUAGUUCUGAUUGUGCUCUGUAUUGUUUCUCUACUUGAUUAUGUCAGAUUUUAACCAUAAUCUUCCAUCUGGUCUACACGAACUUCAUGAUCUGAAGAACCAUUCUUACAGAGGGCAUCGUGUGGCAAACAUCCUAUUUGUAAUUCACCUCUUUUAUUGCAGGAUGGAAUCCUUAAAACCUCCAAUUGUAUCUCUGUACAUUUUAGGGGAAAAAGUAAAAUGUAAAAUGUGUAAUUCAGUUUUUGGAAACACAACCAUAAUAACUUGAAAAAUGAAAAACACUAUGAAGAAAAAGAGCAGUGAAAAAGGAGAGCUGAUACAAAUGUGAUGUGCUGUAUAAUUCCAUGAUUCUAUAUGCCUAUUAUCACUUUAACAAAAGACCCAUUUGGUAUUUGGACAACCAGUGAGCUAGAUUGUAUUUUGAACUGAUCUUGGCAAAAUUCACAGGUUCUGGCACAACUAAAUCUGUGUAAAGCACAAGAAAUCAAAGAUUUUUGGAUGUCACAGAGAAAACAUGGAGUGCAUUUGCUUCCAGAAGCAACCUAUGACCAUCAUGGUUCUAGUUUAAAAUGCAAAACAAGCUCUCUGUACUUUCCAUAUGUGGGGUUUGUCUAGAGGAAAGCUGUGUACUUUGGGGGGUGGGGGGGUGGUAAUAAAAACCCUAUAUUUGCAAUUCUGUUUUGUUUGGGCAGUGUGAAAUGUGAUGAUAGUUGGGGUGCUUGUCUGACUGAAAAUACACCAGUAACUUAAUACAAAGCAAAUGCUGUGGAAUUAAAAUAUCAAAAUUAAAUGUCCAUUAUUACAAAUGAAUUAGUCACUCUACUAUGAGUUCUGGGUACUGAUGCCACAUCAUCCAGGGUAAUACCUUAUUCCAGAACCACUGAAAAAUUGAGAAAUUCCUUUAUAGAAUAGAACUUUCCAAACACUCCAAUAUUGUAAACUGACCGCACAAUCUGUGGGUGAUUUGAAUAUUGUCAAUAGUCACAUUUGAAUACCUGAGAGCUGGAUAUUUUUAAAUGAGUUGGUAACUGGUAUAUGAACCCAGUUUAAUGAUUUGUAAACAGCUACUUGAUAUUUUAUAGGGAUUCUAUUUCUUUUAUGUUUGUUUGCAUAUAAUUCUAGCUUAUAUUUUACUGUAAAUGUGAUUCUUGACUUCAAUCCCCCAUUCUUUUUCAAUUUUCUUUCCAGUUAUCAGUAUUAAUAUUGGCCAAUACUGUGAUUUUAUGAGAACUGCCUAUCAGUUUCAGAAUUCAGGUUUCUAAUGCAGCAGUUUGAUUAAAUGUGCUUUCCAACAUGGUGAGGAACUCAGUACACUCUCAGCUACAUUUGCACCCUUCAUCAACCAAAAAAAUUUUUUUUUUUUUUAUGGGUUCAGAAAUGGCCUGAACAAAGGAUUUAAGAUAACAGCCCUGCAUUCCUGUUGCAGUAUUCAUCGACAGACCUGUAGACUGGGGAAGGGGCUGAAAUGCUGUCAUAUCAGAGAUGGUCAUUCACUUUGUAAAACCAUGAUUAACUUUAAACUACUUAAAAUGCAAAGUUCACUUGUUACAUGACUGAUGUCUGUGGCACAUCAGAAGUAGUGAAUAAUAUACUGAUUGUGGAUGAAAUGAUUUAGCAGUAUUGGACUAAGUUCAGUAGAAGCUGAAGAAGAACAUUGUGUUGUCUUGCUGUGAGCAUUCUGUUGUAAUCAGUUCUGAUGCACUGGAACAUUUUAUGCCCAGUUGUAACAAUCACGUUUUAUAAAUCUUAUCACUGGGUGUUCUAGCAUUUAGAAUCUGGCCUCAAUGGUUAAACUGGAGAUCAUUUAUAUUGAAAAUCAAAUGUGUACAUAAAUGGCUGCUUACAAUUAUAUGAAUCUGAUGCCAUUAGCUUUAUGUCCAGCAACAAAGCUGUGUUUUACACACUAACAAAUUACUAUCACAAAUCAUAAUACCUGAUUUUCUGUAAACUGGGUUAUCAAGCAAGAGCUAUGCUAAAGUGGAAAAUUGAAAUGUUCUUUUGAAAUAAGUAAUUUUAUAAGUGGUGAGCACUGGCACAGCAUUGAACAUUGCAGUUCCCAAAUAAACCUUUCCCCCUUUUAAAUGAAUGUAUUAGAAUCCUCAUCACAACAGAAGCAGAGGGACCUGUACUAUGGUCUUGUAUGCAGAGUAAUAAUUCUGAAUCUGAUGGAUGUAGUUGAAUGGUGAGCAAGUUAUUGUUCAUUGGAUGUACGAUGGAAUUGAUACCAGAACUGUAAUAUUUCCACUGCUGUAUUUUGAUAACUAUAACUGUGAAUAUUAGGAUCCUUAUUGCUAAUUGAUAUUGCAUACACAGUGGCUGUUGUUUUUAUAUAGAUCUUGGUAAUGAGACAGGCACACACCUUUAUUUACUUUUCAAAUGAUGGCUGAGUUUGUCUGGCAGUUACAUGAUUCAUAAUGUGAUAAUUUAUUGUUUUGAUCAGCAAUGCAACCUCCACAUAUUAGACUGACAGAUGAGCUUGUUAAUACUUUCUUCAAAAGGUAACGAAGCAUCCAAAUUAUAUAAAAUGUGUAUCUCAACCUGCUGGAAUCUGAUUCUUCUACACCUUUUGUUAUUUCACUGGGGAUAUAUGUAUUUCUUCAAUGGGACAGUAUCGAAAGAAUCAUUUAAUUUUCUUGCUGUCUGCACCUUUUAAUCUGACAUUUAAAUGUUAUGUCCACUGUAUAAAGGAAUCCAUGUUCCAAUGCAAAUCUAAACAUUAAAGCCUGUCCACCUGGGAAGGAGAAUUCUGUAUUUGCAGAUAGCUUUGUAUGGUUCAGUCAAUGUAAAAAUAUAGCACAAAUCUUAAUUUGUAAAUCCAAUUGGGUAAAUCGGUGUAUUUCUGGAUUAAUUGUACUCAAAAUUAACACUGGAUUCAGCAAACGAGUCAAUUUAGUUUUGAAGGUAAUCUUCAGAUGAGUUUUGCACAUUUUUAUUUUGAUCAUUGUGUGUAUUCAUGAACUCAAAACUCUAGCUGCUGAAAAUAAAAUUUUACGUUUCUAUUGGGAA